AUGGGAAAGGCUGUGGAAGAGUUCUCCAGGUUUGGAGGAGAAAUCCAGAAGUUCAGUUUGAAGAAGCAAGCCUUUCUGGCGACACCCAGUGCGGUGUCCCUGCAGCACAGCAGUGCAGUCUUGGACAAGGACCUGGAGAACCCCGGGGCUGAGCUGAGAGGCCGAAGCUACAGAAGAGCUAGAGAAGGACUGAGCAAAGCCAUGGUAUUUCCACUGAAAUGUCAGAGCACUCAGAUGGGCUUAUGGAAUGUCUUCAAGUUGUGGGUCUGGACAGUGCUCUGUUGUGAUUUCUUCACGCAUCAUGGAACCAACUGCUGGACUUACCAUUAUUCUGAAAACACCAUGAACUGGUUAAACGCUAGAAAGUUCUGCCAAAAUAAUUAUACAGAUUUAGUUGCCAUACAAAACAAGGCGGAAAUUGAGUACCUGAACAAGACGCUUCCCUUCAGUCGUACUUAUUACUGGAUAGGAAUCCGGAAGGUAGGAGGGAUAUGGACUUGGGUGGGAACCAACAAGUCUCUCACUGAAGAAGCGGAGAACUGGGGAGAUGGGGAGCCCAACAACAGGAAGACUAAAGAGGACUGCGUGGAGAUCUACAUCAAGAGAAUCAAAGAUGCAGGGAAAUGGAAUGAUGACGCCUGCCACAAAAGAAAGACAGCCCUCUGUUACACAGCUUCUUGUAAGCCCUGGUCAUGCAGCGGCCAUGGAGAAUGUGUGGAGACCAUCAACAAUAACACCUGCAACUGUGAUGCAGGGUACUAUGGGCCCCAGUGUCAGUUCGUGAUUCAGUGUGAGCCAUUGGAGGCCCCAGAGCUGGGUACCAUGGAUUGUAUUCAUCCUUUGGGAGACUUCAGCUUCAGCACACAGUGUGUCUUCAAUUGCUCUGAGGGAACAGACAUAAUUGGGAUUAAAGAAACCACUUGUGGACCAUCCGGAAAAUGGUCAUCUUUAGAACCAACCUGUCAAGUGAUUCAGUGUGAGCCUCUAAUAGCACCUGAUUUGGGGACCAUGGACUGUAGUCACCCCCUGGCCAACUUCAGCUUUACCUCCACAUGCACCUUCAGCUGCUCAGAAGGGACUGAGUUAAUUGGAGAGAGUAAAGCUAUUUGUGGAUCAUCUGGAAUCUGGUCCAGCCCUCGUCCAGUGUGUCAAAAAUCUGACUGGAAUUUCACAGGGAUCAAGGAGGGUGACUAUAACCCCCUCUUCAUUCCCGUGGCAGUCAUGGUUACAGCAUUCUGUGGGUUGGCAUUUAUCAUUUGGCUGGCAAGGAGAUUAAAAAAAGGCAAGAAGUCUCAGAGAAGGAUUGGAAGCAUUAUGGUAUAUUUCCUCUCGUCCUGGAUAAACAUGAGGGCAAUACUAGAUACAGUAUUCAGGAAACAUUCAAUUCAACAGGUAUUUAUUGAUAAAACAAAUGAAUCUCAGGGUCUAAGAAGAAGGUAUAAUUCCAGACCCCAGGCCCUCAAUGCUUAGCACGAGAGGGUAAAUGACUACUCUUCUGAUAAGCACUGACCUUAGAAAUAUGGAAAAGGUGGGGAGCAGGAAUUCUACCUGCAGCUUCUCCCAAAAGGCAAUUUUUUACUUGGGUCUUGAACUUCAUAUGUCUUCAGUUGGAGAAACACAUACUGAGAAGAGAUGCAGACAUGUGAAAAUACAUGGUCCAUUUGGCAGAAAUGAGGAUGGCAAAACAUUUCUCAGUUUCAGUGGUUUAGUGACUUGCUUUGAAAUUUUAGGAAGGAGAGUGUAAGUAAAAAGACCAUGGAGAUGAGACUUUGGUGACAUAUAAGUACCCAGCUAGACAACUGAGCUCCUUUUAAAAUGCUGGGAAUGAAGCAGGAUGGUCCCUGAGGAGGUUGGUUGCUUGUUCAGACAACCAUCCUACAAACCACACACUGUUAUUGAGAAGUUCUUAA